UUCCCGCAUGCUAUCAACCAUUCAGAAGCUGUAUUGCAUAUCUUAGUUCUUCAAUAGAAAGAAAGAGAAACCAAAACAGAAAAAAAAACAAAAAGAGAGAGAGAGAGAGAGAAAAGAGAACCCACAUUCUCUGUUCAUCACCUUUCUCCAUUUCUCUUCUUCACACACAUCCUUUCGUGGUCCCAAAUGAGGCCUUCUUUGCUAGUUUCACUUUUACUUUUCUCCAUUCUCAUUUCUGAUGUUCAAGCUAUUCGGUUGAACAAAGGAUUUCUACCAGUUGGGCAUGAUCAAAUCCAUGUAGGAGUCGAAGUCGCUAUUCACUGCAAAGAUGAGAAUUGUUCAGGAAAUAUUAGAAAACUUGUCUCCAAGGCCAAUUCUAAUCCUACUACUACUAAUACCGCCACCACUAUUUCAAAGAAUGACAAGAAUGGAGGGACUAAAGCAGGGUCCAUAUCCACCGGCAAAUUGAAUACCAAUGGACUCAGUGAAAAAGAGGAAAGCUUUUCCGUUAAAUCAUCGCCAGUUUCUGAGCACCGGGAGGCCUCCCCCGAGCACUAUCCUGACAUUUUAGACAUAGCUGGGAUGGACUAUUCUCCUGCAAAGAGAAAACCUCCAAUACACAACUAAGUGGUGUUUGUUAGAGAACCAAACUAGCAGACAAAAAAAAAAAAAAAGAAAAAAAGAAAAAGAAAUUACUGUUAGAAAGAUGAAGGGGGAGAGAAGUUGGAAAGCAUUACAGAAAUGCUGCAGUUUUUUAGGGUUAGCUAGAAAGAUUUUGUACAUAGCAAUAGCAUAUUCUAAAAGUGUUGUUAAAUUAAUAUAUUAUUUGAUAAUUGAGUCAUAAGCACUUGGGGUGCUUACUAUAUAGGCCUUGUAAUCUAAAUAAUAUUACAUUAAUUGAAAGUAUCAUAGUAGCCCCAGAUUAAUGCUUCUUUUUGGUAAGUACCAAGUACUUAGUCAAUUUAAUUCAUUCAAUAUUUGUGCUUGAAUUAGCUUGUACCUCCUCGUCCAAGAGAGAAUGAUAA